CCACACCGAGAGAAGACUGAGGCCUUGAAGCUGGAGCAGACCGCUGGCUCCGUCAGUUUGCUUCCGCGGCAAGAUGAUUCAUCGUCAGCAGGAUGUGACGAAGUUGAAUCAGCUUUUGCUCUGCCAGCCGCUACAAAGCUACAAAAAGCUCUCUGUCAACCCUGCCGAGCUGUCUGCUUCGCUUCACUCAAGAUGGGCCAGGGUUACUAUAUAGCGAACUUGGACGAAAAGGUGCGCAUCUCGGGAGGGAAACUGGGAGAGACCGUUUGGUAUCUUGGCGACCACAUCGUCGACGUCCUGCGACCGUGGCACAAUCCUUUUCCAGAUUUCGCAAUGGUUCUCAAGAGCAUCCAGGACUCGAGGGCUUCGAGUGAAGCCGUGACCGGAGCGGACCCAGAGUACAGCUCCUUCAUGCAGCUACCUCGAGAGCUGCUUCUCGAAAUCUUGACUCAUAUUGACCAGUACCAGGAUUUUCUGAAUAUCGCCGCGACAUGUAUGCCCCUACUCCAAAUCCUCGCGCCCAUCACAAACGAAGUCAGACGCCAUGUCCAGAGUGCUAUGGGCCCGGAGUAUUAUCCGAAUCGGUGCUGGAACGGCAAGCGUAUCGUUAUCAUGGGCGAAUACACUUCGCCAGGAGAUGAUUGGCUACAUUUCAAGGAUCAUGUGAGGAAGUCAGUUCACGAUUCAGCGCUUCGUCGUGGUACGGAUCUGGAGGAGGACAUUGUCAAAUCGAUGUCAACGCUCUCACAAAUUGGGUGCCCGAAUGAGCGGGACUACUACUCAGCUGAGGAAGAUGAGGUAGACGAGCGAGGUCACAAUCUCCACGACAGCGAGCGCCAGGCGGAUAGCUCCACGCAACACGAGGUGCUGAUAUCUGAAGCGCACCUGUAUCAACGUUGCGAUAUCAUGAAGGUGAAACGUACUAGCGAAUUUCAUGACUUGAUCGAGCAGACCCGCUUUGAUAUUGGCAAGCGGAUGCUGGUUCAGUCACCGAUUCGCGUAGAGUAUCGAAGUCUCGCCGACAAGAUACAACGUCGAGUUCCAAAGGACACAUGGGACAUUCCGGUCGACGCUGGUUGGGCUAAAGAAUACAAUCGCCGGAAGGAAGAAGAUAAGAAGCUGGAACGGUUGUGGAGCGAAAUGUUCGAGGCCGAAUGGGUACCUAUGGAGGAUUCGAGCAGAUGGGUUCGAAGCGCGAGAAACGAUGAUCAUUGGAUCAGAUCCGGUACCGCUAAAUGGCCUUAUCGUAUUAUCAAUCUCGACACUCUCGAACACCUGGACUCGAGUGUUCUAAUUCGGCACGAAAGGGCCGUGAAUGACAGCGAAAUUCGACUUAGAACGCCUUUUGUGUUGGCUUGCAACGUUGCGUAUUCCGCAGACUGGAGCCGCUAUCUCGGUCGGAAAGGCGCGGAAAUCACUGAAGGUCGAUGGGCGGGUCAUCGCUUGUUCUACGAGACCAUAGGCAGCUCGUCAUCGGGACUCUCCACCAAGACCAAGGACGUCUCGCUAGAGAUGCUGGCAAUUGCUGAAGCGGUCGUGAUCGGCCAUGGAUACAAGCUGGGCGAUCUGGUUGUCAAACCCAGCAGCGACAGCGACGACGACACCGACGACGACACCGACGAGGAUGGCGACGACGACAGCGACGAGGAUAACGAUGACGACAGUGACGAGGGCGAGGAGGGCGAGGACGAGUAGGCGUUAUCGAUCAAGCUCGAGCCCAUCAUACCGCGCGGUAAAGUCUGACGACCGUCAGCCGCGACGAAACCCGAUGGCUCAACCUGAAUAUCGAAAUCUUCGUUUGUAGAUCUGGCCGUAUAUGAGGAUCACGGCCUUUUGCUGUAUACAAUUUGCAUAUCGUCGGAAAAGGCUAU